GAACUUUCCUCUUGUCUCUGAACUAAUCGCCCUAUGUCUUCCCUGCACGGCUCAGACAUCAACAAGCCUCUUGAGGAGGUCGACUCGAACAGUCUGCCCAACACCCACAACGACGCCGUCGCACAUGCACUCACUUCCCUCGUAGGCCACUCCGCUGCAUCCGAGCAUGGUGGAGACGUCACUCAGGGCAUUCACGGACACAUCCAUGUCCUCGAUCACGUAAAGUGGCUCAAGGGAAUCGUACCAGAGGUGCAGAGUCUCGCUGCCCACUACCAUGUUGGCAAUUUCGUCAUCAAACGCGAGACAGGAGAGAAGUUUUUCGAAAGUAUGCCUAUCUAUGCGCGCAUCGGCAUGCACCUUUUGUUCUGUGGAAGGGAACAAGUUAAAUUGCUUGAAGGUUCAAAGCGUGUUGAAGAUUUAUUGAGAGAGCAGAGCGUUAGAGAGGGGAAGAUAUACGACAGCCCAGAUUCGGUCAAGAGUAUCCCAUCCUUUAUCCAGACAUACAAAAUCCAGAUGGAUGAACUCCUCGAGCCCGACAUCCGUAAAUACAGGACCUUCAACGAAUUCUUCAGCAGAAAACUCAAGCCCGAAGUAAGGCCCGUACAGAAUGCGGAUGAUCCGAGCGCCUUUUGCUGUGCGGCUGAUAGCCGACUCGUCGUAUACCAAUCGGUGGAUCUUGCUAAGAAAUUCUGGAUUAAAGGGGAUGAAUUCACUAUUCCUGCACUCCUUGAUCUGCCUGCGGAAGACCCUGUAUCCAUUGCGCUCGAUGGUGCCUCACUUGCCAUCUUCCGUCUCGCACCCGCAGAUUACCAUCGCUUCCACUCCCCCUUUGAUGCGACCAUCAAAGAAGCGCCGAGAGAUGUCAAGGGACAAUACUAUACUGUCAACCCUCAAGCCAUCAACGAACCCAAACUCGACGUCCUUUCUGUGAACAAACGAUCCGUCCUUAUCGUAGAGCACAAGGCAUCUGGAAAACCCAUUGCCUUCGUCGCUGUAGGUGCUCUGCUGGUCGGAAGUGUUGUUUGGACUAUCAGUGAACCGGGCGCCUCCGUCUGCCGUGGACAAGAGCUAGGCUAUUUCGCAUAUGGCGGAUCAACCGUUGUCGCCGUUUUCCCCCAAGGCUUGAUCGACUUCGAUGAUGACCUUGUAAAGAACUCGGAUGCUACACUAGAGACGCUUGUGAAGGUUGGUUCCUCCCUUGGACACGCCCCUUCUGCAUAGAAGAUAGACAAAUAUAUGAAGGAGAUGGAUAAAAUGUACUAGUAUAUCAUUGAUAAAUGCGUAUGAAGCGUACGAAUGGCGUAUAUGUACUUUAUGAGUCUUGUAGUAGUUUCGUGGAUGUAGUUGAUGGCAUAUUAUAUCGCUCACGCUGAGACGCUAAAAUGCGGUCAACAUAAGGC